AGCUCCAAUUCGCGGCGAUUGAUUGGCUUGCACAACCUCGACAACGACGACAUUCGAGGUUCAACAUCGCAUUCUUCUACCGCCGUCACCUAUCCCGCGCUCUUUCCACACCAGUCAGACGACUUACAAUGGGCGGCGGGCGCAAGAUCCCCUAUCCCAAGCACGUCUGGUCGCCGGCCGGUGGUUGGUAUUCGCAGCCGGCCAAUUGGAAGGCCAACACGGCGUUUUUCACAGUCGUCAUCUUCGGCAUCACGGCAAUGGUGUGGAAGCUGAGCGCCGAGUUGGAGUACCGCCACAAGAUGCCCGAGCCCGAUCGAUUCUACCCAAGCAGAUAUUGGAGCAAGCAAAUUAUCGAGUACGAGAAGAAGCAAAAGGAGAAGGCAGCAGAACAGUCGAAUACGGAGGCGUCAUGAUCCGUAUUGCCUAGGCCUUGGGGGGGCUUCUACUUGUACUGUACAUGGAAUGAAAUGGCAUAAACGUUACUUGCCCCAGGAUGUCACCCGGAGCCUCACAUUUUCCUUGACUUAUCGGGCUUGUGCGGAGCGGUUGGACCAACGGAAGGUUAUUUCCCCUUGGCUUUGCCUCUCGGAAUAGUCACCCUGUC